GUCGUCGUCGACAUUUGUAAGCGUUUCAAUCAAACGAACCGAAGCGUAGCUAACGAACGGGCGAACAACCGAAUGAGUUGAUUGCAAAUGACAAUCAACUAAACAUUCGUAGAAAACAAAAGCAAGAAUUAAUAAAAAAAUAACAGUACAUUGUGACUCCUCCAGUGUGUGUGGUGAAAAAUCGUGCAAAAAAGAAAAUUUGUGAAUAAACCAACAAUAAUAAUAACAACAAGCAAGCAUCGUACAGAAAUGUUAGACUCAAGUAAAGUCAGUCUUGGCAUGUUGGCCUUAACUGUCAUCUGUGUGACAAAUUGCCCAAAUGUACAGGCCGCCUCACCGCGUUGGGAGCCACAAAUCGCGGUGCUCUGCGAAGCUGGCCAAGUAUUCCAACCGCAAUACCUAUCGGAAGAGGGACGCUGGGUAACGGACUUGAAUAAGAAGACAUCGGGAGCCACAUGCUUGCGAGACAAAAUGGACUUACUGGACUACUGCAAAAAGGCUUAUCCGAAUCGUGAUAUCACUAAUAUUGUUGAAUCUUCGCAUUAUCAGAAAAUCGGCGGAUGGUGUCGUCAGGGCGCUUUGAAUUCGGCAAAAUGUAAAGGGGCACAUCGUUGGAUCAAACCAUUCCGUUGCUUGGAAGGACCAUUCCAAUCGGAUGCCCUACUCGUGCCCGAAGGUUGCCUCUUCGAUCACAUCCACAAUGCCUCACGUUGCUGGCCAUUCGUUAGAUGGAACCAGACUGGCGCCGCCGCUUGUCAGGAGCGCGGCAUGCAAAUGCGCAGCUUCGCCAUGUUGCUGCCCUGUGGUAUUUCAUUGUUCUCGGGUGUGGAAUUCGUUUGCUGUCCGAAACAUUUUAAAACCGAUGAGAUACGCGUGAAGAAGACCGACCUACCCAUUAUCGCCCCAGCUGAGAUUACCAACAGCAAUGUGGACGUGACUAACGAUGAUGACAAUGACUCUAACUACUCCAAGGAUGUUGGCGCCGAUGAUGAUCUCGACGAUGAAGAUGAUCUGAUGGGCGAUGAUGAAGAGGACGAAAUGAUCGCCGAUGAGGCAGCUGCUGGUGAGGCGAAUAGCUCUAAUGCUGACGAUUUGAAUGGUGAAUAUGAUUCCGGCGAAGACUUGGACAACUAUGAGGAGGAUGGUGGCGGUGCAGCUGAAGAGCAGUCGGACAACUGGGAUUUGCAGAAUGGUAGCUCAAGCGGCGCGAAACCAGCGGCGGUGAAGUCCAACGCAGAUGAGGCGGGUGGUGCAAAGGGCAAAUUGGGUGUUGAGUCGGUGGUUAAGGGCGCAGCUGGUAUGAUGGCUGACGCGCCAGCCGCAUCCACAGCACAGCAACAGCAGCAGCAAUUCCCCACAGCGCCAUCCACUAGCCAGCCCACCGUCGAUCCAUACUUCACCCACUUCGAUCCGCACUACGAGCAUCAGAGCUACAAAGUAAGUCAAAAAGAAGCCCAACAGCGCCUCGAGGAAUCGCAUCGCGAGAAGGUCACACGUGUCAUGAAGGACUGGUCCGAUUUGGAGGAGAAAUACCAGGAUAUGCGCAUGGCCGAUCCCAAGCAAGCACAGACAUUCAAGCAACGUAUGACAGCACGCUUCCAGACUUCUGUUCAGGCACUCGAGGAGGAAGGCAACGCCGAGAAGCAUCAGUUGGCUGCCAUGCAUCAGCAACGCGUGUUGGCCCACAUCAAUCAGCGCAAACGUGAAGCGAUGACCUGCUACACUCAAGCGCUCACCGAACAGCCACCAAAUGCUCAUCAUGUCGAAAAGUGUUUGCAGAAGCUAUUACGCGCCUUGCACAAGGAUCGCGCUCAUGCAUUGGCCCACUAUCGUCAUCUCUUGAACUCCGGCGGUCCAGGUGGUUUGGAAGCUGCCGCCUCGGAGCGACCACGCACAUUAGAACGUCUCAUCGAUAUCGAUCGUGCCGUCAACCAAUCCAUGACCAUGUUGAAACGUUACCCCGAAUUGUCUGCUAAGAUUUCCCAAUUGAUGAACGACUACAUUUUGGCGCUCCGCAGUAAGGACGACAUACCCGGCUCAUCGUUGGGCAUGAGCGAAGAAGCGGAAGCCGCCAUUUUGGACAAAUACCGCGUUGAGAUCGAGCGUAAGGUAGCGGAGAAGGAACGUCUACGUUUGGCCGAGAAGCAGCGCAAGGAGCAACGCGCCGCUGAACGUGAGAAAUUGCGUGAAGAGAAGUUGCGCUUGGAGGCCAAGAAAGUGGAUGAGCUUCUGAAGUCGCAAGCCGAGCAGGAUGGCGGCGCCAGUGGUGCUGGCUCCUCUAUUUCAGGCUCCUCCUCCGCUGCAGCACUAGGUGACUCCAAGGUGAGCAGCAAAGAAAUGGGCCAGCUUACAGAUCCCACUAAAUUGGCGCAAAGCGAUAAGGACAGCACUGGCGGUGAGGAGUACGCCGAUGUCACUGUCAGCACCAAAACCCAAACCGUCCUGCCCACAGUCGAUGAUGAUGCCGUACAGCGCGCCGUGGAGGAUGUAGCCGCCGCUGUCGCCCACCAAGAGGCUGAGCCACAGGUGCAACAUUUCAUGUCGCACGAUUUGGGUCAUCGCGAAUCGAGCUUCUCGCUGCGCCGCGAAUUCGCACAUACGCACGCGAACAAGGAGGGACGCAAUGUCUACUUCACUUUGUCCUUCGCCGGCGUUGCAUUGCUAGCGGCCAUCUUUGUUGGUGUCGCAGUGGCCAAGUGGAGAACAUCUCGCUCGCCACAUGCGCAAGGCUUCAUAGAAGUUGAUCAGAACGCCACCACACAUCACCCCGUUGUACCGGAGGAGAAAAUCGUGGCGAACAUGCAAAUCAACGGUUAUGAAAAUCCAACAUACAAAUAUUUCGAGGUGAAGGAGUAAAAGAAGCAACCAAAAACAUAUAAACUUAAUAAAAAAUAAUAAUAAAUUUGCAAAUAUUGUAAACGCACUCAACAACUCAGUAAACCCACUAAAGGAAGCGUAAGCCCCGCCCCUACCCCUAAAAAAUAAGAAUAAAUAAACUCCCACUAUAAAAAGCCUGCUUUAUCAUCAUUACCCACUUAUACAUACAACUAAUAAUAAUACAACAAAUAAGUCAUACUGAAAAAAAAAAAAAAACAACCACAAACCCGAGAAAUA